AUGUCAUCUCUGGACGGACUCGUUAUCAUCGUGGCAGGCGGCGCCGGCGGCGUCGGCUCGGUCACGUCAAAGAUUCUAGCCGACCGCGGAGCCAAAGUUGUUGUCGCCGACAUCAACGACCAGCGUGCAACCAAGGUGGCAAACGAAAUCACUCAGGCAGGCGGUAGUGCUGUAGCCUACCACCUAGACUUGGCGAAAGAGGAAUCUGUUCGAGAUGUCAUCGAAAAAUCAGCGCAAAACUUCGGACAGAUCGACGGACUGGUCAACAUGGCCGCACAAACACGUCCUGACAUCAUCAACAAAGAUGGACCAGUCGACAACAUGAGUCCCGACGUCUGGCGCGAGACUAUGGAUGUAAAUCUCAUAGGGUUCGCCCUGACCACAAAGUACACCCUCCCACAUUUUCUUAAAAACAGCGGGGGAAGCAUAGUCAAUAUUUCCUCUGGUGCAGCUCACGCUGGCGAGCCGACUCGUCCCGCAUACGGAGCAUCGAAAGCAGCCAUUCAUGCUCUCACCCGGCAUACGGCACGGAAAUGGGGGCCUCAAGGAAUCAGAGCCAACGCUCUUAUGAUAGGGCUUAUUGCGACCGAGCAAGUCAAGGAACUUUAUGCGAACCAGCCAUAUCUUCAGGAAGCUAUCAAGAGCUGUCCUUUGCAACGCAUGGCUGAGCCAAAGGAGAUCGCGACGGUGGUUGCGUUUCUACUUUCAACGGACUCAUCUUACGUCACCGGGCAGGCGUGGGCCAUUGAUGGCGGGUAUCAGUUUCGAGAUUGA